AUUUCGUCUGUCGGCCCACGGGCUUGUGACAUUCCAGUGUGUAUGAAAUCAGUGACGAGUCAGUACGUCCUCUGAGGACUGAUGAACAGAAUAUGUAAUUUUUUCUUCCUAAUUUUCAUUUUUCGCCCCGCUCCUCUGCCUUUUCCACCUCCAUCUUCAAAAUCUUGACCCCCUUUUAGUAUCGCACGCCCUUUACUGAUUCGUGAUCGCGGGCCUUGCGUUUUAAAAGCCGCGAUGAGGCUGCUGAAAUUAAUACCAGGUCGUGGCAGGUGUGCUAAUGUCUUGGUUUAUUGGGCUUCACUGUAAACCGCGGUGUUGGUGGUACCGGAAAUCAAAUUCGCUUACGGUGGUCUAGCAGCUGUUAAAACGACUGCAUAUCCUGAGGAGCUAGUCCAAAAUUUAACCUUAACCCCACCCAAGCCUGGAUGACUAGUUUUCAUGGGACCAUUUUUUGGCCUCAUGGUAAUUGCCGUUACAUAAAGGAGAGCUACUUACUGAUUUGGUAAAAAAAAGAAACUGCGGGAGAGAUGUUUAUAUAGAUUUGUCGGAUUUACUCUAUUUCAAGCCAUCUUUGUGUGUGUGUGUAUUUGCGCUAGCUGUUAAAGUUAUGCCGCGUCCUAAAUCCCUAGUAGCCCGAAUCAUUUAUAGCUCUCCCUGCUGCUUUGUGGAGAAACUAAGAACGCAGCUGCAGAAAAGUGCCCUCCCUUUGCCACUGAGCAUGCGCCGAGUGCCAUGUAAACAAUGAGAGGCGUCCAGACUGCCUUCUCCCGAUCGUCUGAUCCUGCAUUUGAUCUCUCAAUAAGAGAAAGGAUUCCGUUAUUGUGUUGUUGAAUAAUGGAUGGUAAGUGUGCAGCGGGGAGGUGGACUGUCAGGCGUCAAGACAACUGUCCGAUUCCCGAUAAGGUAGUUAAAGCAUGGAAGCGAUUCUGAGCAGGCUGAAGGAACUGAGCGACGACAAGCUGCGGGAGAGGAUCAUCAGCACCGGGCUGAAGUGCGGGCCCAUCACUGCCACCACCAGGGCCCUGUUCGAGAAGAAGUUAGCCCGUACCCUGCUGGAGAGCAAGGGAGGAGGGGGCGAGAGUAGCGGGGCUUCGGACGCUGCCUGGGGGUCUUCCGGAGGCACAGGGGGACACUCUGCCCCUGGGGACACGCCCACAGACUCCGCCACGGACAAACGGCGGGCUGCUGGCGAGGAGGGGGACUUCGGCUAUGGCGUCGGACUGAACCCCCCAGAGGAAGAAGCUCUGUCCGACAACACGGGGUUUCGGCAGAGUAGCAGUGUGGACGGAGACAGGUUACAGACCCCUUCAAAAGCACCCCAGGCGUCUCCACCUCUCUACUAUGGGGUGUGUCCUGUGUGGGAGGAUGUCACUGUCAGAAAUGACAGGGUCAAUGUCUAUGCAGAUAAGAAGGAAGCUCUGCAGGCAGUGAAAAUGAUGAAAGGAGCCCGAUUUAAAGCUUUCGCCAACCGAGAAGAUGCUGAGAAAUUUGCCAAAGGGAUCUGCGAUUACCUGCCAUCACCCAGCAAGUCCUUGCUUUGUGUGUCUCCAGGGAAACCGGGCAUGGUGUUCAGUAAAGAUGUUGCUUCUUCCCUAGAGGUGGAAACUAUAAACAGAGAGCGAGCAAACAGCUAUAAGAGCCCACGAACACAGGACCUUACAGCCAAGCUGAGGAAGGCGGUGGAGAAAGGGGAUGAGGCCACCUUCACAGAGCUUGUCUGGAGCAAUCCGCGCUAUUUGAUCGGUUCUGGGGACAACCCAACAGUGGUGCAGGAAGGAUGCCGUUACAAUGUCAUGCAUGUUGCUGCCAAAGAGAACCAGCCCAGUAUUGCUCAGCUUCUCCUGGACACACUGGAGAACCCUGAGUUUAUGCGUCUCAUGUACCCUGAUGACCAAGAAGCCAUGCUGCAGAAACGCAUUUGCUACAUUGUGGAUUUGUACCUGAACACCCCUGAUAAAGCAGGCUUUGAAACCCCUCUUCAUUUUGCUUGCAAGUUUGGAUGCCCAGAGGUGGUGAAUGUCCUUUGUUCUCAUCCUUACACUGAUAAAAAUUGCAAAAACAAGUUUGACCAGAAGCCUGUUGAUCUGAUUUGCGAAAGGAAAAACAAAACCCAAGAAGUGAAACAGAAGAUAAAAGACUAUUUAGAAGAUCGCUGUUAUAUACCCUUGUUGAGGGCCACAGAUAACUCUUCUCAGCCCGUGAUCGGUGCACCCUGGUCGCCCGAGCCGUCGGAUACAGUUCACCAUUCGUUUGUCUCAGACCUCACGCAAAGUCCCAGGGAUCCGGUGAUGGCAGUGAGGGCUUUUGCUGGUCCUCUCAGCCCAUCCAAGGCCGAGGAGUUCCGCAAGGUGUGGAAGACCCCCCCUCGUGAAAGGGCAGGGCACUUCCACCACAUCCUGAAAUCCGAUCCGGAUCGGGGGGCUGAGAGAGUUGGGAGGGAUCUGGCUCGUGAAAUGGGCCAUCCCUGGGCUGAACAUUGGGAGUUCCUCGGCUGCUUCGUUGAUCUUUCUUCUGCAGAAGGGCUUCGAAAGCUGGAGGAGCAUUUAAGCAAGAAAGAUUUAAGUGACAGGGUCCAGGAAGCAGCUGGAGAAAAUGAAACCAGCAACAGAUUUAAAACGCCAUCUCCAGGCAAGCCCAAGAAGUUUUGCAACUCCAUCUCAGUCGGCGCCUUCCUUGACGAGGACGACGACAUAAGCUUAGAGGAGAUGAAGAACCGGCAGAACGCGGCCUUGACGAGCAUCUCGGCGGUGAGCGCCAUGGACGGCCUGAAAGGAGCAGUGGGGGGCCUGGAGUGCCGCAUCCUGCCCAUGAAGCUCGGCGCCGACCUCAUCGAAACCGCGGCCGAGGAGGACCGGCAGCGUCAGGGGAAGGGGCUCGCCGCGGCGGGCAAGAACGGCUUCUGCUCUUCCGUGAGCGGCGACCAAGCCCAGAACGGGGAGAGGCCGCCGCCCGGCACCUCGGGCGGCCUCCUGUCCCCCGUCUCCAACCUGCUGGUGGAGUUUGAGCGGAUGAGCCUGCGGGACGGCGGCGAGAACGAGCCGCGGCGGCCGGAGAGGGGCAGGGGGGCCGGGCCGCCGCGGCCCCGGGAGGGCGGGGACUCCGGGGCGCCCCCCGAGCCCGGCCCGGGGCCGAGCCGCCCCCCUUCCUCCGCCAGGGAGGAGCCGGCGUUCGGGAAGGGAGGCGUCGAGACGAGGGACGGCGGCUUCUGGAAGGCCUGGGAGGGCAGCGAGGCGGACGGGGAGGCGGACGACAAGUCCAGCUCGAGCUCCGACGAGUGGGUCACGGCAGACGAGAGCCUGGAGCCCCCGAGCCAAGGGACAUUGAGCGCAGGAGCCUCCGCACGAGGUCGCUGUGCCCGAUCCAAGUCCUGGGACCACGGGGGCAGAGAUCUAAACAGCUCGGGCUCGAGCAGCUCCUCUUAUAAAUCGAUAGAGAACUCUCAAGAAGACUUUAUAUUCAGUAUUCCAUCCAAUGUUAAAAAAGGCCCUUUCGUCGAAGGUGAAUCCCCAACAAAACUGGACAGAGAUGUUCUGCUUGCAAUAGGAGACAUUGAGAUCGACCCGCAGAAGUAUCCCAGCAUUCACAAGUGGAAGAACACAAUCAACACACAUUCUUCCUCUGAAAUGCAAAGCUGGCCAAGCCCAGUUACAUCCAGGGGACGCCCCAGGAUUCAGACGUACACCCCAGCUUCCCCCAGCUGCACCCUGCUCUCCACUCCAGGCAGGUUCAGCCCGGCCCGGCCCGGGAUCGCCCCCGACAUCACCAGCCCUGGACGCUACAGUCCCGCGCACGCCAGCUGCAUCCAGCGUCUGCGCCUCUGGCACAUCAACGAGCCUCCCGUCUAAUCCUCCCCGCCCGUCCAGCGCCCGAGAAACACAGAUUAAUAAAAAAUCCAGCUACACCACAACUCAUCUAGUUUACAAAAAAUAUGCACAACUGUCUGGAGGAUUUGAUUUUUUUUUCUACACGUUUGGUUCAUGAUGCUCAGCACAUUGGGUGGUGAUGUAAGUUUCAGAUGUAAAGCAGGUUUACUUUGCAAAGUAUGUAUGGGUGUGGGCUUUGAUUGAAAUAAUAAUAAAGCCUGUUGUAUUAUA